AUGGAGAGGCUGGCUAUCUGUUUUGUGAUCUGUCUGAAUCUCGCUGCAAACGUCAAAAAAGUCAAUGCUCAGAGGGGCUUCCUAGGUAACCUGCUAACUAAUGUGGCGCAAGGAGCGCUACAAGAACUGCAACAAAAACAGCAGAUGCUCGCCCAGACGGCGGCCCAGCCAAGCAUGCCAUCCGUCGCCGAGCAAGAACGCAUUGAGGCAAGCGGACUCAUCCAGGCAAUACAACGGGCGAAGAUGAAUCAGAUUUCUGCGACAGAGGCCCACGCGGCGGUGAAGGAUGUGCAGGACACGUACAAACAGCUAGAGCAGGACCUAGCAAUGCCUCUGGCGGAAAAAACAUCCCACUUGAAGGCUGAAAGGCUCAAACUCAUGCGCCGCAUCUCUACGCUAACGAGAGAGGUGCGGUCUUCCUAUGAUUCCAUCCACCCAGACAUGGUGAACAGCCCGCUCAUCAUUGUCGCGAAGACUCCUGAGGACGAUAUGCGUGCUGUCGCCAACCGAAUAGAUGCUCAAGGCUCGCUGGAUGACCUUCAAGGAAUCAUGUCUCCAUGCGCGCAGUUUCACAACGAGCGGGAAGCUCAGAAGAAAGAGCUCCAGGUUGUUCAGAGUAUGAACAAUUUAGAUGAAGAAGCGCGGGCUCUCAGCCGCAUGUCUCCUGAGGAACGUCUGACCUAUGUCUUCAUCAGUGUUACGUACCCCACGGCACAGGUGGAGCUUUCCCGCACAGAGAAGCAGGCAGGUACUUACCGGCCGACUGUGUUGGAGUCAGCCAUGUCGGGACUUAUCGGCGGUGCCUUGGGGAGUCUCGCGGGUGGUGGAGUUAGUCCGUUUGCAGCAGGCCGAGUGUAG